AUGGACUCGCGCAACCCUAUCCAAGGCCGCAUCUCCAACCGCCUCGCCCUCGUCCAGCACCAGCUUGCAUCCUCCCACCCAUCAUCCACCGCAACUUCUCAUUGCCCCGUCGCCCACCCGCAACCACCAUCCACCAUGUCGCGCGAUCCCAUUACCUGCCACUGUCUGAACACCCUCACGGGCACUCCGGCAGCCAAUCUCCCCGUCACCUUGACUCUGCUCACGGCGUCCGACUCAUCCGCCCGCACCGCCAGCCCGCUCACCUUCCACGCCUCCACCAACGCCGACGGGCGUGUCGCAAAGUGGACGCCGACCGAGGCCACGGCCAGCACUGCGUCCUCGGUUGCAGAGGUGCUGGCCGCGCUCCCUGCGGCGGACAGCAAGUCCAAUUGGGCAGUGCGCUUCGAGGUGGGCCCCUGGUAUGAGGCACAGGGAGUGGAGAGCUUUUGGCCUGAGGUCGAGGUCAAGUUUACGGUCAAAGGGCGAGGCCGAGAGGGCGAGGAAGGUUGGCGCCAUUACCAUGUGCCUGUGCUGUUGGGUCCUUGGAAUUAUUCAACCUACCGCGGUUCUUGA